AUGAAAAAUAAUAUUCUUUAUCCAGAAUUAACCGACCGUGGCUUUGAAAUGCUUGAUGGACGAUUAAAAAUCAAAUGGACUUCUAAAUUACCCAUUCCGACUGAUCCAGGAUUACAUACCUGUGGCAAAUGCAAAGGUGAUUGUCUCAAUUGUAGUUGCGGUAGAAAUGGUCUACCCUGUACACCCUACUGUUUGUGUGACAAAGUUCGCUGUUCAAAUUGCCCUGUUUUUGUACCAGAGCAAAGAUGGUUUACAACGAAUAUGUCCAGCCAAGCAAUAGUGAUUUCUCGUCCUCUAGUGACUGAUGAUGACGGGCAUAUUAAUAAUUAUGAUGCUGGUGCUGACGAUCAGGACGACGGAAACUCUUUCCAAUCAAGUGAUGAUGAUCGAAAAAGUAAUUUCGAUCCUUAUCGUUUAUCAAGUCAGAACGAUCAAGAUGAGAUGAGUGGUUCACUUGAUAAUGAAAUGAAUUCGGCGCACGAUAGUGAACACGGUGACGACGCUUUAUCGUCUUUCGAUUUGGAUGAAUCACUGGUUAAUUUUUCCAGAACGCAGUUACCGUCUGCGCUAAAUAUAUCGUCUACAUCGAUGUCGUCCAAAAGGACAAGACUAUUGUUUAGUGAUUCACUUGAAACUUUUCAGCAACAGCAAGAACAAGAAGUUGAACAGCAAGAUAAAAUUAUAAUUGCCCGAACAUCAUCAAGUCGAAAAUCAGUUUUGAAAACAUCCAAGGGCCGGGUUAAUAUUGAGAAUGUUGGAUCAGGAAGCACUUACACAAAUAAUUCAAGCUAUUGCAACCCAUCAUCAGUGAAAGAAUCAACGUCUUCUUUUGCAACAUCAUCGUUCCAAGCGACUAUGAGAACUGCCAUCGAUACGUUAUUUAAGGAUGUAACCAACACUCGUCGUAAAUGA